AUGGGCGGUCAUGCCUUCAAAAAUCUCUAUUGUCCACGCAUCAAUCUAGACGUAUACUGCAAAGCCAAAGCCAAAGCUACUACAGCACUUCAAACAGUAUUCACACAUGUAGUCGUUCCAACUGAGAUGCCCGAAAAGAAUGAUUACGGUGACGUCGACUUCCUAGUUUGUAGCCCGUUGCAUUUCCAACGAACCCACACCAUAAACGAUUUCCCCUGGGAAGAAACCGUUCAGCUUAUCAAAGACGUCUUCAAAACCACACAUGGCCGUCGAGGCUAUCUCACUAAUGAUUGCAUGUAUUUUGCCGUCGAUGCGCCAUGUGACGGAGAAGACUACUUCAUCCAGAUCGAUGUCAAGGUAUGCUUCAAGCCAAAGUUAUUCGAAUGGUACACAUUUGAACUUGGCUACGCGAGUAGCAGCAAGAUAAUUGGAAGUAUGGUUAAGCCCUUGGGUCUCACAAUUGACCCAGAAGGCAUUCACAUUCGCGUCGAAGACGUGGAAGAGACGGAUCACAACGGGAGUAUGGUGUGGAUUAGUAAGGACCCCAAGGAUGUCUUGAGAAUUGCUGGUUUGGAUUUCAGGAUCUUGAAUGCUGGGUUCAGCACCAAGGAAGAGAUCUAUAAGUAUUUCGCUAGCUCAUGGCUCUUCAAUCCUGCACAUUUCGCUGCACGGCUCGCCGAGGAAAACUAUCAAGACCGACUAGAAGAGCGAUCUGCGCCCUGGACUCACUUCAUCAUGAAAUGGGUGCCCGAGCACUACCCUGGCUACCGUUUUGCCAUUGGUUCUCCCGACACUGUAAAGUCCGAAACCAGCAGCGAGGAAAAUAACCCACAAGACCUUCAGGCAUGGUACAAGCACACCAGAUCCGCCCUCUGCGACAAAGUAUUCACCAUGUUCCCCAACACAGCAGAACAGUACUACACCAAACGCGCCGCCCAUCUCAAAAAGCUCGAGGAACAGCGAAUCGCAGGUCUCAUUAUGAACGCCAUCCCCAUCGAUACAGAAGGAUGGGAAACCGCAAUUGCAUCAGUCACCCUCACAUUCAAACCUACACCCCUGACGCCACCCGGUCUCGAGUCCACCUCCUCCCACGAAACACCACAACCACCACUGGACCUCGCAACCCCCAUCAUCACAUACACCAACACCCCCUCCUCAGCUCAACCCACAACCAUCCACCUACCCCCCCUCCCCCGCCUGCACCUAAUCCCCUUCUCCCCGCGCCCCCCACCACCCAGCAUGCAGGGGGUGGUUAAUUAUGUGGGGAUGUGGAAGGGGAGGUUUGAGAAGAAGGCUAAGAGGGCGGGG